GACGCCGCCUUGAACGCUUCUGAGCGCCAUGAAUGCCUUGCAGCUUUUGCUUCAGCAGCAACUGGGUGCGCUCCCGACAGCGGCGCCAGAUGGGAUGAACGCCAUGUUCUUGCAACAAUACAUGGCACAGAUGCAGGCGAACCAGCUACAGCAGUUGCGACUGCAACACAUGCUGGCUCCGAAGCAGACCGUGCCGAAGCCACAACUGACCAAUUUUCUGUCCUUUGAUGCUCCCGUGGAGCAAAUUCUUCAAGAAGCCCCGAAAGUGGGGCGCGAGGAAAAAUCGCAGUCCAAACCAGAGAAACCAAAGGAGUCGCGUUCCAAUGCUGAAGAGAUGAUGGCGAGGUGCAUGGCCUUUGCACAGCAGAAGGCCGAAGAAAAAGGGCACAAGGUACUGCAGGUACCACCGCAGGUGGAGCAAGUACCGCCACCGCCGCCAGAUGAGCCACCAGCGCCACCCCAGGAAAUCCUGCCACCGUCUCCACCGAGAUCUCCCAGUCCAAGUCCCCGUCCGGUGGUGGUUCCGCCACCUCGGCCUGUGGUGGUGCCACCUCCGGUCGUUCCAAAAGCCAUGCCACGGCCACCGAUGCAGAUCAAGUCGAAGCGCCAAAAAGGCGUGCCUGAUAUGCUCGCUCCUCCACCGCCUCUACAGAACAAUCUGUUUUCGGGGUGGAUGGAGCAAAUGCAAGCAGCCCAACGGCAAAAUGAAGUUCCAGCCCCAAAGGAGCAGCACGAGCCGGCGGAGGUCCCGCAGUUUGAGGUACCCACCGCACGGCAAGUGAGCCAAGUGGGCCUACCCAGCAAAAGCCGAAGUAAAGGUCGAGACAGUCCAAGUUCGAAACAUUCGAAACAUUCCAAACAUUCGAAACAUUCGAGGCACUCGAAACAUGGGAACAGAAGCAGAGACCCAUCGAGCAAACUUCGCAAGCGAAGAAAGCACAGCAGAGACCGAAGUGGACGACGCAGUCAAAAGGAGAAGCAGCAACGAAGUGAGGAGCAAAGAGAAAGAGCCAAGACAAGAGACUCAGAUGAGAAGAUUGAGAAGCGAAGGAAAGAAAAGAAAGAGAGAAGCGACAGAAGCGGCAGAACCGAGACCCAAAAGCGCAGAGCCAGAAGCCUCAGCCGCCAUCCUGACAAAUGCAGCUCUCACUCUGAGGAGAUUCCUGCAGAACAUGCGGCUUAUCCUUCUUUCACUGGAAAAGGUGCAGAAGUUCCACCACAGAUAGCUGCAAAUGUGCCACAGGAGAACCAAUUUGGUCUUGAAAUGGGUCGAGAUGCAGCUUCUCGUGCACAAGCCGCUCACUUCUUCCAGCAGGAGAUUCCUGCAGAACAUGCGGCUUAUCCUUCUUUCACUGGAAAAGGUGCAGAAGUUCCACCGCAGAUAGCUGCAAAUGUGCCACAGGAGAACCAAUUUGGUCUUGAAAUGGGUCGAGAUGCAGCUUCUCGUGCACAAGCCGCUCACUUCUUCCAGCAGGAGAUUCCUGCAGAACAUGCGGCUUAUCCUUCUUUCACUGGAAAAGGUGCAGAAGUUCCACCACAGAUAGCUGCAAAUGUGCCACAGGAGAACCAAUUUGGUCUUGAAAUGGGUCGAGAUGCAGCUUCUCGUGCACAAGCCGUUCACUUCUUCCAGCAGGAGAUUCCUGCAGAACAUGCGGCUUAUCCUUCUUUGGCUGGAAAAGGUGCAGAAGUUCCACCACAGAUAGCUGCAAAUGUGCCACAGGAGAACCAAUUUGGUCUUGAAAUGGGUCGAGAUGCAGCUUCUCGUGCACAAGCCGCUCACUUCUUCCAGCAGGAGAUUCCUGCAGAACAUGCGGCUUAUCCUUCUUUCACUGGAAAAGGUGCAGAAGUUCCACCACAGAUAGCUGCAAAUGUGCCACAGGAGAACCAAUUUGGUCUUGAAAUGGGUCGAGAUGCAGCUUCUCGUGCACAAGCCGCUCACUUCUUCCAGCAGGAGAUUCCUGCAGAACAUGCGGCUUAUCCUUCUUUCACUGGAAAAGGUGCAGAAGUUCCACCACAGAUAGCUGCGAAUGUGCCACAGGAAACGCCUCGAGUCAUACCUCCUCGAAUCAUCCCUCCUCGUGUCGUGCCUGUGCCAAAUCAAGAGGACAUGCAGUCGGUGCCAUUUCCCUACAACUUCAUGAAGGGAAAAGGAAAAGGCAAAGACGCGUCAGCGCCGGAGCCAGAUGACAUGCCCGAGGCGCCUGUCCGAUAA